CUUUCCGAAUCAACCAAUAGGCAAAACCGAGGGGGGCGUGUCCAAAACACCAACUCCAACCCACGAGCUAACCUAACGGGAGAUUGUUUUCCUCUCUCGGGGAAGAUUCUUUUUUUUUUCUCCCCACUUUUCAGCUUCCACUUUUUGUUUCGUUUUAACAGUUAAAGUCGCGUUUGACACUUCGUUCCAUUCGCCGCGCAUACCCAAGCCCGGAGGCAUCGCGGUUAGCCCCCCCGCCCCCAGCAAAGAACGGAUUACCCGUAGCACCAACGGCAAACUUAAGGAGAGGGGUCUCUCAGCUCACUCGAGUAUGAGUUCAUAAUGAAGCGGCGACUGGAGGAUCAGGAAACGGUUUUUGCGCCCCAGCAGCGGCGCCUCCCCAGCAGCGCGGACACCUUCCAGCAUCGCGUCCUGGCCCCGGCGCCGGCGGUGUACGAGGCCGUGACGGACAGCAUGCAGCCCACCGCAGGCGUCCAGUACUCGGUCCCGCAGGGAUACCAGGUUCCCACGGCAGCCCAGAACAGCGGCGGUCAUGGACACGCUCCGAGCCCGGCCGUCCACGGGGGCUCCCACCACCACAGCCCCGCCGCCGCGGCCGCCGUCCAAUCCCACGUGCCUUCAGGGAUGCCGGCGCACAGCCACACUGCCGCGCCUCAGGCCUCGGCGCAAGGCCAGCAGCAGUUCCAACGGCUCAAGGUGGAGGACGCCUUGUCGUACUUGGACCAAGUUAAGCUGCAGUUUGGCAACCAGCCUCAGGUUUAUAACGACUUUCUGGACAUCAUGAAAGAGUUCAAGUCACAAAGUAUCGACACUCCCGGGGUCAUCAGCAGGGUGUCGCAGCUUUUCAAGGGUCACCCCGACCUUAUCAUGGGCUUCAACACUUUCCUGCCGCCCGGCUACAAGAUCGAGGUCCAGAGUAACGACCUGGUCAACGUGACAACGCCCGGUCAGAUCCACCACAUCACCCCGCACGGCAUUUCAGUGCAGAACAUUUCCAUCACACAGCACCAGCCACAGAUCCCGCCCCCUGCUGCCGCCGCCACCACCACCACCAGCGUUCCGGUUCUUCUCACUCAGCCCUCCCCCACCAAAAUAAGCAAGCCUAACCAGCCUCAGGCGCUAACGCCGGGCAGCCAGACCACUCCGUCCAUUCCCGCGUACACAGCCCCGCGCUCUCCGCCCGUGCAGCUCCCCCUGUCCCUCAGCGGGACUCCCGCCGGUCCGCCUGCGCAGAACAACCAGCCGGUGGAGUUCAACCAUGCCAUCAACUACGUCAAUAAGAUCAAGAAUCGCUUCCAGGGUCAGCCCAACAUCUAUAAAGCCUUCCUGGAGAUCCUGCACACAUACCAGAAGGAGCAACGGAAUGCGAAGGAGGCCGGAGGCAACUACACCCCGGCGCUGACGGAGCAGGAGGUGUACGCUCAAGUGGCUCGGCUCUUUAAGAACCAGGAGGACCUACUUUCAGAGUUUGGACAGUUUCUCCCAGACGCCAACAGUUCAGUGAUGUUGAACAAGACGAACGCCGAGAAGGCAGAGUCCGUACGAAACGAUCAUGGCGGCACUGCCAAAAAGCUUCAGCUCAACAACAAACAGAGACCCAAUCAGAACGGCUGCCAGAUCCGCCGGCAUUCCGCUCCCGGGGCCACGCCCCCCUUAAAGAAGCCCAAGUUCCUGAAUUUAAAAGAUUCGUCAAUGGCCGAGGCCAGCAAACAUGGAGGCGGAACGGAAUCUCUGUUCUUUGAGAAGGUUCGCAAAGCCUUGCGGAGUGCGGAGGCCUACGACAACUUCCUGCGAUGUUUGGCCAUCUUCAAUCAGGAGGUGAUCUCCCGGACUGAACUGGUGCAGCUGGUGCUGCCCUUUUUAGGGAAAUUUCCAGAGCUAUUCACCUGGUUCAAAAACUUCCUGUGCUACCGGGAAAUGACCCACUUGGAGACGUACCCCAAGGAACGGGCCACGGAGGGUAUCGCCAUGGAGAUUGACUACGCUUCCUGCAAGAGGCUGGGCUCUAGUUACAGAGCGCUGCCUAAAAGCUAUCAGCAGCCAAAAUGCACCGGCAGAACUCCGCUUUGUAAAGAGGUGCUGAACGACACCUGGGUGUCUUUGCCCUCAUGGUCUGAGGACUCUACUUUUGUUAGCUCUAAGAAGACGCAGUACGAGGAGCACAUUUACAGGUGUGAGGAUGAACGCUUUGAGCUGGACGUGGUGCUGGAAACCAACCUGUCAACCAUCCGAGUCUUGGAGGCGGUCCAACGCAAGCUGUCCCGGAUGUCGGCGGAGGAGCAGGCCAAGUUUCGCUUGGACAACACGCUGGGCGGUUCCUCCGAGGUGGUUCACCGAAAAGCCAUCCAGAGGAUAUACGGCGAUAAAGCCCCCGACAUCAUUGACGGCCUCAGGAAAAGCCCCGCUGUCUCCAUCCCUAUUGUGCUGAAGAGGCUAAAGACCAAGGAAGAGGAGUGGCGGGAAGCCCAGCGAGGCUUCAACAAGAUCUGGCGGGAGCAGAACGAGAAGUAUUACCUCAAGUCUCUGGACCAUCAAGGCAUCAACUUCAAACAGAACGACACCAAAGUGCUGCGCUCCAAGUCCCUGCUGAACGAAAUAGAAAGCAUCUGCGACGAACGCCAGGAACAGGCAUCAGAGGACAACGCCAGCCCGCCCACGGGGCCCCACCAGACCCUGUCGUAUGAGGACCGGCAGAUCCUAGAGGACGCUGCGUCUCUCAUCAUCCACCACGUGAAGCGUCAGACCAGCAUCCAGAAGGAAGACAAGUACAAGAUCAAACAGAUCAUGUACCACUUCGUCCCGGACCUUCUGUUCGCGCAGCGCGGCGAGCUCUCCGACGUGGAGGAGGAGGAGGAAGAGGAUAUGGACGUGGAGGAGAAGAAGCACAACGGCGUCCCCGGCGGUAGAAGCCCUACCAAGUCCAAGCUGCUGUUCAGCAACACGGCGGCACAGAAGCUGCGCGGCUGCGACGACGCCUACAACCUCUUCCACGUCAACAACAACUGGUACAUCUUCCUGCGGCUGCACCACACGCUGUGCUCGCGGCUGCUACGCCUCUACUGGCAGGCCGAGAGGCAGAUCGAGGACGACGUGCGAGAGCGGGAGUGGGAGAGGGAGGUGCUGGGACUGAAGAAGGACAAGAAUGACAACCCCGCCAUCCAGCUAAGACUGAAGGAGCCCAUGGACAUCGACGUGGAGGUUUACUACUCGGCCUUCCUGGAGAUGGUUCGCAACCUGUUGGACGGAAACAUGGAGGCGUCGCAGUACGAAGACUCGCUGAGGGAGAUGUUCACCAUUCACGCCUACAUCGCCUUCACCAUGGACAAGCUCAUACAAAGUAUUGUCCGGCAGCUCCAGCACAUUGUGAGCGACGAGAUCUGCGUACAGGUGACGGACCUCUACUUGGCCGAGAGCGCUAACGGCUCCUGCGGGGGGUCCAUGUCCACGAUAUCUUCCAGGAGCGCUGCCGAGGCCGCCUAUCAACGCAAGGCUGAGCAGCUGAUGUCGGACGAGAAUUGCUUCAAGGUGAUGUUUGUGAGGAACAGAGGCCUGAUGCAGCUGACUGUGGAGCUGCUAGAAGCCGAGGAAGAGAACUCAGACGAGCCCCUGGAGGCGGAGCGAUGGUCCGACUACGUCGGGCGUUACUUGAACCCAGACUCCACCACUCCAGAGCUGAGGGAGCAUCUUGCCCAGAAGCCCGUUUUUCUUCCUAGGAACCUGAGGCGGAUCAGGAAGUACCACAAGGGGCGAGAGCAGCUGGACAAGGAGGCGGGCGAGGGAGGCAAGAAGCCGCUGGACAAGGAGAAAAUGGAGUGCAUGUUCAAGCUCAACUCCUACAAGAUGGUGUACGUCUUCAAGUCGGAGGACUACAUGUACAGACGCACGGCGCUGAUGCGAGCGCACCAGUCCCACCAGAGGGUGAGCACGCGGCUGCAUGAGCGCUUCCACGCGCGGGUGCAGGCGUGGGGCCGGGAGCACGUCACCGCCGACAUGAACGCCAACACCGACAAGUGGCUGAUGGGCAAAGAGCGCGACGGACUGUUGCCUUGCACCACAUUGCGCCAACCCGAAGUCCUCCACUACAGGGACAUCCACAAAUACAGAGUCAAGUACGGUACCUUCGGGAAGGCGUCUUAAAGUGUCCAGGUCAGGUGGCGGCGGCGGCGAUGUUUUUAAGGUAUGUGUUGCUCCAGCGGCGGCAGGAUUACCGAUUUUUUUACCAGCGUUUUUAGCUGGCUUUUGUCCACAAGUGGUGCCAAAACCCAGGAAUGGUCUCGUCCCGCUCGCCCGACCUCCGUUCUUAGAGGCUCGGUGCUUUUUCUACGCCUCACGUCCGUUUAUCGCCGAAGCGUCCGCAGAAGCCCCCCAUAGGGAUUCUUUAGGAAAGAUGAUUCAAAGUGCACUUAUUCAGGGAAAACAUUUAAAAAAAGUUCAGCGUUAAGUUUCUAGAUUGGAUUGUUUGGAGCGAGACAUUCCUGCGUUGAGGCCAAAAUCACUAUUUACUGAGGCCCCGCCCCCAACAGUCUUCUCAGUUGAGCACAACACAGCCUGGACUUAUUGUAAAGCUUGUCAUGUCUCGUGUAUAUACAGUAUAUAUAUAUUAUAUAUAUUAUAUAUAGUUCUAUUAACAGAUCAUCCUCGCCGCCCUGGAAGUGAACCUUUUUAAAAAUAAAAAGCCCCCCGCCAAUGAAUGAGCUCUCUCACACGCACACACAUACACACACACUUUGUAAAUACACUGUACAUAGUCUGAGACUUUUUAUGAUGUUGUGCUAGUAGAAGUUUCCAAGUUAACAGUUUAGAACGUACAUGAAAUAAUAAGAAAAAAAACAUUUAUUAUUACACUUUUUACCAAAGGGAGUUGUUGAUACAAACGUGGCUGUUAUUUGUCCUCGCUCCUUCUUUCAGUCUUCUUUUAUGUCCUUUAAAUUUCUGUAAAAUACACCACCACACAAAACAAGUGAGGAAGUAGAAAUGUAUCCAGGGUGUUUUCUUUUUUUUUUUUUUCUUUUUUUUUUUUUUUGAAUAAUUAGUAUAUUUGUCUGUUAAUGUGACUUUUUGGUUAAUGGUAAAAAACAACAACAUUAUUGCAAACAGCAGGUGACAUCAUGGCAUUGUGAUGUAAGCCCCGCCCACUUCAGCCCUGGAUAGAUUUCUACCACCCUUCUUCCGCUCACCUUGUAUUUUUGAUAUUGGAAAAAGUCAGCAUGUCUUUCGUCCGUUUAUUUAGACAUUAUUUAAGUAAUAAU